ACUUAUAAGACAUACUUCUUGCUUGUUAAUUAUCACUUCGAAAAUUUAUUGCAGGAAGCAUUAUAGUACCAUUGAUGGCUAGGUUUUCUUUCUAUUUGACAGAAAGAGAAGUGAAAGUGAGUGCCAUUCUGGUACAAUAACAUGAAGAAUGCUUGUGAUUCCUCUUUCUGAUGCCAACAUGACAUGAACCAGGGCAAAGUACUGUUUCAUUUUGAGCUGACUUUAUCAAUCAUCAACACCUUCCUUCUUUUUUAUCAUUUCCUCUUCGGAUACAGCCUGAUCUGAUUUCUUUUGAAGCUUUCUUUGAUCCUAUAAUCAUCAGUUUCUUGUGAUCCAUCAGUAUGGAAAGAAGAGAUCUUUCUUUCUCCAUUUUAGCUUUCUUUGUCUUCUUCUGCACUUCAGUAUCUGGUUUGCUUUCUUCUAAAGGCGUCAACAAUGAAGUGCAAGCUCUUAUUGGCAUUAAAAGUUCUUUGAAGGAUCCUAACAAUGCCCUUCAUAACUGGGAUAUGUAUGAAGUGGAGCCUUGUAACUGGGCUUUGGUAUCUUGCUUUGGUGGUUCUGUGACUGACCUGGAAUUUCCCAGCCAAAACUUUUCUGGCUUUCUUUCCCCAAGCAUUAGCAACUUAACCAAUCUCAGGAAUCUGAUCCUGCAAGCUAAUAAUAUAUCAGGACCAAUUCCUUCUGAGAUUUGGAAGCUGCAAAAGCUUCAAACUCUUGAUCUUUCUCAUAAUUCCUUCACUGGUCAACUUCCAGAGAGUCUCUCCCACAUGAAGAGUCUCAAUUAUCUGAGGCUGAACAAUAAUAGUCUUACAGGACCAAUACCUUCCUCUUUGGCUGACAUGACCCAGCUUGCUAUUCUGGAUGUAUCCUAUAAUAACUUGAGUGGACCUCUACCAACAAUAAAUGCAAAAACUUUCAAUAUUCUAGGAAAUCCCCAGAUUUGUGCCACUGGGACUGACCAACAGUGCUUCAGAACAACAGUUUCAACUAAUUUUAAUAACUCUCAAGGUUCGCCACCCACCAGUAAACCAAAGAAUCGCAAACUUGUCUUGGCACUUGCUUUAGCGGUAAGCUGUGUCUCCUUACUAACUCUGGUCUUCGGCUUCCUCUGGUGGAGACAAAGAUCAAGCAAACAAGUUUUCUUCGACAUUAAUGAACAAAUGCAAGAAGAUGUGCGCCUUGGAAACUUGAGAAAGUUCCACAUAAGAGAACUUGAAGUUGCCACGAACAAGUUCAGCAGCAAGAACUUGAUUGGCAAAGGAGGAUAUGGGAAUGUGUACAAAGGCUAUCUUUCAAAUGGUGGGGUCAUAGCAGUGAAAAGGCUUAGAGAUGGCAGUGCCAUUACAGGGGAGAUCCAGUUCCAGACUGAAGUGGAGAUGAUCAGCCUGGCUGUGCAUCGCAAUUUGCUUCGUCUCUAUGGAUACUGCAUCACUCCUACAGAGAGACUCCUGGUUUAUCCCUUCAUGUCCAAUGGUAGUGUUGCUUCUCGUCUCAAAGCGAAGCCUGCUUUAGAGUGGAGCACAAGGAAGAGGAUAGCUUUGGGAGCAGCAAGAGGGUUAGUAUACCUACAUGAGCAAUGUGAUCCCAAGAUUAUUCAUAGGGAUGUGAAGGCUGCAAAUAUAUUGCUUGAUGAGUACUGUGAAGCAGUGGUUGGGGAUUUUGGGUUAGCUAAACUAUUAGAUCACAGGGAAUCACAUGUCACCACAGCUGUUAGAGGCACUGUAGGCCAUAUAGCACCAGAGUACCUCUCAACAGGUCAAUCUUCUGAUAAAACUGAUGUCUUUGGCUUUGGGAUCCUUCUCCUUGAACUCAUCUCUGGCCGCACAGCUCUUGAAUUUGGAAAAGCAGCUAACCAGAAAGGAGCCAUGCUUGAUUGGGUGAAGAAAAUGCAUCAAGAGAAGAAACUUGACUUGUUGAUUGACAAGGACCUUAGAAACAACUAUGACAGAAUUGAGCUUGAAGAAAUGGUUCGAAUAGCACUCUUGUGUACCCAGUACGUUCCCGCUCAUAGACCCAAAAUGUCUGAAGUGGUUAGAAUGCUUGAAGGAGAUGGUCUUGCAGAGAAAUGGGAAGCUUCAAAGGGAGAUGAAUCAACAAGGGGCAGAGCAAGUGAGCUUUCUUCUUCAGAACGCUACUCUGAUCUCACUGAUGACUCUACACUGCUUAAUCAGGCCAUGGAGCUUUCUGGUCCAAGGUGAUCUGUGUGUGUGUGUAAAGGUCAGAAUAAGUUGGUAAGGAUUGGAAGAAAGUUAUCGCUUUGAAGAAUCAUGCUUAAAAAUAGAAGACUCAUGUUUGAUAUGUAUUCAAACUCUACACAACUUCAGGGACACCUUAACUUUAUAUAUAAUUGUGUUUGUUGUAUAGGAGCAUCAUAAUAGCUCCUCAAAGUCAGUUACCCGAGCAUCUCACUGUAAAGAUU